GGGCCCUGCAAUGGGACGUGUUCUCCUUUAAGAGUUAAGAAACUUGAAACCUUGUUUGCGCAACAAUCAGCGCCGCGGAGCCGCCAAAGUGUCUAGACUGGCAUAUGAUGGGAGGCAGCCAAUGACUCCGCGGCGCUCCUCCGGGGGCCCUCAGUGUGCGUUUGAGGAGAACAAAAAAGAGAGAGAGAGAGCCGAGUCGGGGAGCGAGCGAGGGAGUCGAGCCGAGAGAAAGAGCCGCCGGGCGCUGCCUCGCCAGACCUCGCCGGGACCGCGGGGCCACCGGGAGGCACUUUUUGUGGAGGGGGAGGGGGGCGACCUCUGCAGCCGCAGCGUCCUGGGCGCCCGAGUGCAGCGUGGGGCGGGCUAUGACCUCUGCCUCGGUGGAUUGCAUUUUAAUUAAGGAUUCCCAGCAGCUCUUUGGGAUUUUUACAGUUUCCACUCAUGUGUUGACACCGCGUUCAGGAGAAAUUCGCUCCAAGUGCAUCUAGCGCCUGGGACCUGAGACAGAGUUGGCCUUUCGUGCAUGCAAUUCCAGGGAUUUUGGUUUUGUUUGGGGUUCUUUUUCUUUCCCCCCCUUUUUUUUUCUUUUCUUUUUGCAGGGAGUAAGAAGGAAGCCGAGGGUAUCAUCAACAAGCCUGCCUUUCGGAUCCUGCAGGAAAAACCCAUGUAGUGAAGCGCUUGGGUUUUAAAGGCAGGGCUUUCCAGACACAUUUGGGGAGUUCAGCUCCAGCGCUUUGUGCUCAUGGACCAGCCGCGCAACUUUUGAAGGCUCGCCGGCCCAUGCGGGGUCUUUCUGGCGGCGCGCCGCCUGCAGUCCCUCUAAAGCGCCGGGGCUGGAGUUGCUGAGCCUCCCGGCCGCCGGGGUCCAUGUAGCCGCGGGCCGGGCGCGGACUGCGGAUCGGCGUGCGCGCGUUCCACGCCGUCCAGCCCCGGCGAGCUCCCUCAUGUUGCAGCCCUGCGGUGCCCCUUCGACGACAAGCUGUGCGCGGUUUGCACGGCGCCCGGCGGCAGAGCUUCAUGUGGGGCUGCGGCCCGCGCAGCCGGCGCCUCGCUGAGGAAACGGACCCCCGGUAACCGGAGACCGCCUCGCCCCCCUCCCCCGGCGCCAAAGGAUAUCGUAUGUUCAGGUCCAAACGCUCGGGGCUGGUGCGGCGACUUUGGCGAAGUCGUGUGGUCCCCGACCGGGAGGAAGGCGGCGGCAGCGGCGGCGGCGGUGGCGACGAGGAUGGGAGCGUGGGCAGCCGAGCUGAGCCGGCCGCGCGGGCACGAGAAGGCGGAGGCUGCGGCCGCCCCGAGGUCCGCCCGGUAGCCCUGCGGCGGCCGCGGGACGCGGUGGGACAGCGAGGCGCCCAAGGCGCUGGGAGACGCCGGCGCUCAGGGGGCCCCCCGAGGCCCAUGUCCGAGCCGGGGGCCGGCUCUGGAGGCUCCUCGCUGGACGUGGGGGAGCUGGGAGGCCAGGGCUGGCUGCCCGAAAGUGACUGCGAGACGGUGACCUGCUGCCUCUUCUCGGAGCGGGACGCCGCCGGAGCUCCCCGAGAAGCCGGCGAACCCCUGGUCGGGGCGGCCCAGGAGCCAGAGGGCGGCGGGCGGAGUCGCGAAGCCCGCUCGCGGCUGCUGCUGCUGGAGCAGGAACUCAAGACGGUCACGUACUCUCUGCUGAAGCGGCUCAAGGAGCGCUCGCUGGACACGCUGCUGGAGGCGGUGGAGUCCCGCGGCGGCGUGCCGGGCGGCUGCGUGCUGGUGCCGCGCGCCGACCUCCGCCUGGGCGGCCAGCCCGCGCCGCCGCAGCUGCUGCUCGGACGCCUCUUCCGCUGGCCCGACCUGCAGCACGCAGUGGAGCUCAAGCCCCUGUGCGGCUGCCACAGCUUCGCCGCCGCCGCCGACGGCCCCACCGUGUGCUGCAAUCCCUACCACUUCAGCCGGCUCUGCGGGCCAGAAUCACCGCCACCGCCCUACUCUCGGCUGUCUCCUCGCGACGAGUACAAGCCACUGGCGCUCCACGAAGAAACAGGGUUACAGCCUGGGAUGUUACUGCUUCAGACAAGAAGUGGCAACGAGACUUGGGGACUGAACACUUUGGGAAGAUUAGAUCUAUCUGAUUCCACAUUGUCUUACACUGAAACAGAGGCCACCAACUCCCUCAUCACAGCUCCGGGUGAAUUCUCAGACGCCAGCAUGUCUCCGGACGCCACCAAGCCGAGCCACUGGUGCAGCGUGGCCUACUGGGAGCACCGGACGCGGGUGGGCCGCCUCUACGCGGUGUACGACCAGGCCGUCAGCAUCUUCUACGACCUACCUCAGGGCAGCGGCUUCUGCCUGGGCCAGCUCAACCUGGAGCAGCGCAGCGAGUCGGUGCGGCGCACGCGCAGCAAGAUCGGCUUCGGCAUCCUGCUCAGCAAGGAGCCUGACGGCGUGUGGGCCUACAACCGCGGCGAGCACCCCAUCUUCGUCAACUCCCCGACGCUGGACGCGCCCGGCGGCCGCGCCCUGGUGGUCCGCAAGGUGCCUCCUGGCUACUCCAUCAAGGUGUUCGACUUCGAGCGCUCUGGCCUGCUCCAGCACGGCCCCGAGCCCGACGCCGCCGACGGCCCCUACGACCCCAACAGCGUCCGCAUCAGCUUCGCCAAGGGCUGGGGGCCCUGCUACUCCCGGCAGUUCAUCACCUCCUGCCCUUGCUGGCUCGAGAUCCUUCUCAACAACCACAGAUAGCGCCCCCGCCACCUGCCCCGCCGCCGGGGGGGCCCCGUGCCCAGAGACACAGCCCCCACGGACGAACCCCCCCCCCCCAGAUAUCAUCUACCUAGAUUUAAUAUAAAGUUUUAUAUAUUAUAUGGAAAUAUAUAUUAUACUUGUAAUUAUGGAGUCAUUUUUACAAUGUAAUUAUUUAUGUAUGGUGCAAUGUGUGUAUAUGGACAAAACAAGAAAGACGCACUUUGGCUUAUAAUACAGAUAUAUUUUCUUUCUCUUCCUCCUUUCUCUUUAUGUUUUUUUUCUUUAAAGAAAAUGAUACAGCAGAGCCAGGUGGAAAAGCCUGGGUUUGGUGUCUGGUUUCUGAAAUAUUAAUGCCCAGACAAAAAGCUAAUACCAGUCACUCGUUGAAAAUAAAGUAUUCGCAUUAUA